AUGAUGAAAACGUGGGCAUUGAGGGCUAGAGCUGUUCGAGCCACAUGGAGUGGCCUGUCGAGGACGUUCGGCACUUCAGCACCAUGUGAUGAGGCGCUCAAAAUCGCAUAUUUUGGAAGUGACAAAUUCAGCAUCAAAUCAUUACAGGCGGUUCUCCAACUACAAAAGGAGGACCCUAGUGCCAUUGAGAGCGUCACAGUCGUUACGAAACCGCCCAAACGAGCUGGACGAGGUCUCAAGGAGCUCAAAGAUGUGCCUAUUACCGACUUCGCGGUAGAGAACGGCCUUACGGUGCUUCGGGCAGACAACAAGACGGAGAUCAAUGCUCUGCCCAAUGACUUCAGUCUCGUAGUUGCUGUCAGCUAUGGAGGUUUGAUUCCCCAACAGUUUCUGGCAAACACAAAGUACGGCGGUCUCAAUGUCCAUCCUUCCUUUCUACCCCAAUACCAUGGACCUGCUCCUAUUCACCAUGCUCUGUUAAAUGGAGACAAGACGACCGGAGUGACAGUCCAGACACUGCAUCCGACAAAAUUCGACCGAGGACGAGUCGUGGCUAUUUCAGAGAAAGUCCCCAUCACUCGAGAUAGCACCUUUGAGUCUCUGCGAGAUACCCUGGCAGACACCGGAGCGGAACUGCUUUAUUCAACAAUCAAAGAUCGAAACUUCACAGACUCGAGCUAUGAGGUCAAAUCAGGCUGUCCAGACGUCUAUGCUGGACACGUAACGUCAAAAAUGCGUGCCAUUGAUUGGUCUGUGGAUACAGCCGACAAGUUGGAGCGGUAUUGCAACACGCUGGGGUCGUUGUACACUCAUAAGUUAUUUGAGGAGCGCAAACAAGUCAAGGCAGAGUUUCAGGAGAAGCUGCUGAGAGUUCUACUAAGUGAGUUGAAGAAGGUGGAUGGCAUUGAAGCCUUUGGGGCCCCUGGAACACAUAAACUUGUCGAUCGAACGGUGCUCAUCAAUACUGUAGAUGGAGUCGUGUCUUGUCCCACUUUACAGGUGGAGUUCCAGGCGGUGGAGGAUGCUGACAAGUUUGAAAAAAGAUGUGUUGGUUCGAAGAAGAAGAGAGCCAAGAGUGAGGAAUUUCAAAAUGGAGAGUGA